AAGAAGCAGAAAAGGGAGAACAGGAAGAAAGAAACAGAGAGGAAGAGAAAAGAAGAAGAAAAAGAAGAAGAAGAAGAAGAAAAAAAAAGAAAAAGAAAAAGAGCUAGGAAGAAAACGAAGCAGAAGAAGAAGAAGAAGAAGAAAAGAAGAGGAAGAAGGGGAGGAGGAAAGAAUGGCGAAGCGAAUAGCUCAUGACCCAGGAAGUUGCAUGACCUCCUGCGCACAGGUCAGCCAUGCAGCUGGCCCGAGUG